CGAGAGAGAGAGAGAGAGAGAGAGAGAGAGAGAGAGAGAGAGAGAGAGAGAGAGAGAGAAAGGAGAGAGAGAGAGAGAGAGAGAGAGAGAGAGAGAGAGAGAGAGAGAGAGGAGAGA